AUGGCUGAAGUUAAAGAGAUACACAUAGAAACAGAAACAGAAACAGAAACGUCUGCUGAUAACGAUUCCACCGACAAUAAAGAAAAAACACUUGUCGAGCGGAUGCGAGAAAUCGCGGAGGCGGCACUUGAUACAGUCAAAUCGGAAGUGAAAAAGGAGAUAGAAGAGCGCAUGGCAUCCGUCGAAGAGACUGCUGCCAACCUCACAUCGGAAGUUAAGAAAGAAGUAGAAGCGAUCGUACAAAGAGUCCGUGAGCAGUACGAAGCAGAACGCGAAGACCUAUUGCACACAGAAAUCAAAAAAGAGGUAGAGACUGCCGUGCAAGAGGUACACGAGGAAUACAAAGCGGAGCGUGAUCGCCUCCUACGCACAGCAGCAGAAGCUGAGAAUACCAAAAAACGCUUGCAAACGGACUAUCAGCGGCAGCUCAAGUUUGCCAACGAAGGAAUCCUUGAAGGGAUGGUCCCGGUGUUGGACAGUCUGGAAGCCGCCAUUAAAAGCGUAACCGAAAAAGUCGAGGCAAGCGACACUACGCCAGCGUUCACGACCUUCAACGAAGGCGUGCAACUUGUUCACAAACAGUUAUUAGAUGCGCUCAAAAUCCACGGGCUUGUGCCGAUCGAAGCAGUGGGUGAAACAUUCGAUCCAAAUCAGCACGAGGCACUCCUUGUCACAGCAUCGGAUGAUGUGCCAGAAGGGAAAGUGAUUGAGGAAUUUCGGCGUGGCUAUAUGUUGCACACCCGUGUCCUACGCGCCUCGCAAGUUGUCGUCUCACAAGGACCAGCUGAAAAAGAAGCAUCAAACGAAGUCGCAGAUGAUACAGAUACGGAUGCUACUGACACUACUGAAUAA